ACCAACAGUGCUCGCUGAAACCAGAAGCCGGGGACUUUUAAAUAUCAACCAAAUGCUUCUUUAAUUGAGUUUGAAGCUAAGUUAUAAGAGGAUAUUGAUUUUAAAUAGAGAAGUUGGAUAAGGAAAACGGCUGACGCUUUAUGUAUUGGAAACUUCCAAAUAUAAUUACGGAUUUUGUUUAACCUGAAUUGUCUGUCGUUUUUUUGCCGUUCAUUUAUUCUUUUAUUAAUUUGCUGUUUUUAACGGAGCGUCUUUGCUUCCUGGUCUUUUUACCUGGAUAAAAAAUACCGAAGAAGCAUAAGGGAAGAAAAAGGAUGCUGUUCGUAGCGAUCGGCUUCCUGCUGAUCCAUUGCUGCUGGAUUCAUGCGGAGAGGAAUUUCUGCAAUACCUGGGAGACCCCCUCUGGGAAGAACAACGUGUGCUGUAAGAGAUGUAUUGAGGGUUAUCGGAUCUUCAAUGACUGUGGCCUGUUGCUGGACGACCUCUGUGUCCCCUGUGAGAAUGGCACAUUCACCCUGGACCCUUCACAGAAAGCAUGUACCAAGUGUAGACAGUGUGGAGUGAUAGGUGUUGGGUGUUUCCACAACACCCACCACAAUCAAGACGUCACGUAUGCAAACCUUCGAACCCCUCUGUCUUCCCCCUCACUGAACGCUGAAGGUGUUCAACACACUGUGGAGGCGUGCACCAGAACCAAGGACACACAGUGUGGCUGCCCGGACCCUCUGCUGUGUAACGACAAUCACUGCUCCAUCUGCGUCCCGCAGUGUGGGAGAGGCCGUGGACCCCAAGGAGGCUACUGCAGGCCGUGUCCAGCUGGGACCUUUAACAACCAGAACAACCAGAAGUGUAUCCCCUGGAGAAACACUUCUCCAGGGGAGAGAACAAUGACGACUACGACACCAAGACAUAAAGAGAGUAAUGCAGAAGAAGACACGAUGCUGCCCUGGUGGUUAGUCAUAACCGUCAGCUGUGUGGUUCUGCUCAUUCCCCUCAUACUGAUGCUCAAAGUCUUAACCAAAUUAAAAGCAAAGAAGGGCCAAACAAUGGCCAAAAUGCCACCUUUCAUCACGACGCCAACCGAUGAGCCAAGGACUCUCAUGGCCGUCGAGUGCAGCUUCCACGAGCCCGAGCAGGUGAGCAGCUCAGAGUCCCUGGCCUCCGAGAACUCAGAGGACUCCACACACAAGCUCAUUGUGUGAAUUGCCCAGGCCCUGGACCCCUCUGGGACGCCAAAGAAUUGUUGGAUCAACAAGCAGAUCCCCCCGGAGCAGCUGUUGAUACCUUGGACUGGAAGAUGGACAAUGGCUGUGUCCGUUCACACAGCCAUUGCUGGAGGAGCCUUGCCUAUUACUGUGUUAUUCGGGCUGUGGCAAUCCUUUGUUAAACAGGGUUAUAGAGGAACACAGAUUCACAAGUUCUCUGCUUGCCAUGUGAGGCUGGACUAAGUGUAUAAAAUCUGUCUGUAAUAUAGCCCAGCGGUCUUUAAAUAUCCCUUGGUUUACAUCAUACUGUUUUUCAGACAUAGAUUCGCUGUAAUUAUAGAUGCUUUCGAUGUAGGCCUACAUUCUUCAGAGUAGUGAAAUCUGGAUGAAGAAUAAGGUUACUGAAGCUCAUUGUGUUUCCAUCUGCUAGUCAGUUGAAACGGAUGAUGUUACGGAAUAUUUAUACCUGUUGGACAUUUUUGUGUUAUUCGCAAUUGUAAAUAAGUUUUUUGUAAUGUAAAUAGGAUGGAAUUGCUUUUUUAAGUCCAGGUUACAAUUUCGUUCAGUUACAAAACAACUGCACUUAGUGAACGAGUUAAAGGUGAUUAAAUGUAUAUUAAAAGGAAAAUAAAAUGGUUGAACAUCCAUUUUGUAAAUGUUCUAGCAAAUGAGUGUUAACAUGCAAUGUUGAAAAAAACAUGUAGGUGCGGACUCGUCACAGUUUGGGCAUUGUAUUGUGAAGGUCAUCAUGGUUUGCUAUUUAUGAAUAAAGGUUUCUGUAAAGCAUA